CAAACUCCAAGGCUCCUAUAUAAACCCCAGUGCUGCUAACUCUCUACAAGACGUUGACAAACAACGCGGCCUGGACAAUGGUUGCCCUCUCCCUGCUGAUCUUCAUCGCUGCCAGCCUGAUCCAGUUGUCCGCUGCUGGUCCAUCCGACUGUAAGAAGUUCCUGCCGAAAAAGAUCGACCUGAAGAGUCAGGCGUUCUCUGGCAAGUGGUACUUACUGCGCUGGGCAACACAGUACGAGCCUUAUCGAAAGGAGUUUGGCCACGUGGACAAUGCAUACUUUGUCAACUCACCUGUUGUCCGAAUGAACAAAACGUUGAUGAAGGGCUACAUGCGAGUAGGAGACGAAUGCAUCUCGGAAAUAGAGGCCUACCGCUUGUCAAAUAAUGGCAUGGAUUUCACCUGUGAAGCCAAACCAUUUAUGGUGUUCAGAAUUCUCAACACAAAGAUUCGAACUUCCUUGCUUUUCCACAUGCAAGAGAAGAGAGAAGGCAGAAUCUUCCACACAAUCUCCCUCUAUGGUCGAAAUCCAAUUGCAAUGGAGAAUGAAUUGAAGAUCUUUGAUGAUCAGGUGCAAUGUGUGGGAAUGAAGAGUGAUAAAAUUGUAGUCCCACCUCGACUGAAGGCUGAGUGCAGCCCACAAGACACAGUGGAAGCCAUCAAAUGAAAAUAAAAGCACCAACUCCUCAGCAAGGAGGAGCUUUGGAAAUCACUGUCCACCAACACAUUUCCAAAAUUAAGUUUCUGUAUCAAUUCCAAGUUAGCAAAGACUAGUCACUGUACACUCAUUUAGCACUAGUCCCGAGAUUAUUUUGUAACAAGAGUCCCACCAGGGAUCAGACCAGCAGGUUCUCUCACUGAUGGUACAGAUUUAAAAACAGCUUAAUCCAACAACAACAAUGCAGGUUCAGUUUGGUUUGUUCAGGUCAGCAAAUAACAACACUAUUCAAACUGUUGGUUUGUAAGCCACCCAAGUCCCCCCCCCCCCCCCCUUCCUUUUCCCCCCUCCUUCUCUUCCCUGUGCCCCAUCUGGAUGAUCUUUUCUCCCUUUCUCCUUACCCUUCCACCUGUAUCCCUUCCUCUGGCUUCACAUUCUGUGUCUUCUUCUAUCCUUAUCUCACACAUUUUGUCUUUUCAUCUCCGACCGCUGUCUAAUCAUCUGCCAAUCAAACCCUCCCCCCACCCCUCACCUGCAUCCAUCCGUGUCCCACCCACACCUCUCUUCCAGCUUCUCCCCCCUCCCCCCACUAUAAUCAGUCUGGAGGGUCCCAACCCAACGUGACACCUAUCCAUGUUCUCCAGAGAUGCUGCCUGAUCUGCUGAGCUAAUCCAGCACUGCGUCUUUUAAAAAAAAAAUAAACCAGCAUCAGCAGUUCCUUGCCUCAAUAUCAUGACAAUGCUCUGCCCAACAAGAGUGCAAACUCCACACAGACAGCACUCGAGGUCAGGAUUGAACUAGUCUCUGGCACUGUAAGAUAGAUAGUAGCUCUGCCACCUGCACCACUAUGGAAAUCUCCUCACCAUCUGUGCUAUUGAUGUAGAUUAGACAUGUUUGAGGUCAACUGUAACUCACCCGUGAGAAAAACACAAUCAAAUCUAGUUAUUUAAUCUUGACAGGAGUAUUAAAGCAAUGGAUCCCAAGAGAACACAAUGCACUUUUGUUGCCUUAAAUGGCCCCCAUUAUUGUUUUGAUUUACAGGCAUUAUUCAAAGAGAGCGCAGUGCAAUGUCUCUGAAUACCAGGUCACAGGAAUCCUUCUAUUCAAAGAGUGGGGAAUGUUAGUGGAAUGGGAGCAUUCAAUUCUUUAAGGAGUUGUUUUGACAAAAAGACCCGAGAGGAAACAAAUACAUUUAUUUUAAACCAUUUAAAUCAGAGUGAAUUAUUAUAAUCAGAAAUAAGGUGUCUGAAAGGGUGGUGGAAAUAGAUUUAAUAAUAAUGUUCAAAAGGGAAUUGGAUACAUCUUAGAAAAGAUAAGUAGGGUUUUGGGAAAUUGAAGCAGAGUGGGAUAAAUAGAUAACUCGAGGAACCGGCAAAGUCACAACAGAUUGGCUGCUCUCUAUUUCAAAUGAUGAACCAAUAUAUUGUUGUGUUUAAAACUCCUACAUGCUAUCAGUUUGCUGUCAUUGAGAAAAGUAUAGAAUAUUAAUAGACAAUAGAUAAUAGACAAAGAAUGAGGAAAACUGAGAAUGGGAAAUGUUCAGCUUCAUCUGUUCCUCCCCUUCCCUGGCUCCAGUUGCCUUUUCCUUUGUCCUUGUCUGCUUCCACCGAUCACCCGCCUACCUCAAUUUAUCAACUCCACCCCUCCCCCCCCCCCACCCCCUCCCACCCACCCCGUGGUCUCAAUCUGCCCCUCAUCCGCUCCUAUGUACACCGAUCACAUGUUGGCCCAUCUCUCCCCUCCUCCUUCCUUCAAACUGGCCAUCUUCCCUCUCCACUCAGUCCUGAUGUAGGGUCUCGGCUCAAAACCUAGGCCAUCCCUUCCUCUCACACCCCCUCUCCAGCAGAUGAUGCUCAACCUGCUAAAUCAUCACUAGUUUAUUAGCGUGCUUCAUUUUGCUUGCAAUUUCACCAGAGUGACAGUGGCAGUAUAACAGUGGGCCAUGGGAUCUUCAUGCACUUAGUAUGCAUAACAGCAGAACAUGAGAAUGGGAAGAAGAGAAUUCGAUAAAAAAACAACUCAACCUCAAACGACCACAAGAUGCCAAUUUCUGAACCACAUUGUCCUUCUUUUAGCGAGGUAGAUGGAUAUGUAGGGAAUGGAUGGAUAUGGAUCAAGUGCAGGCGGAGAUUGGUUUAACCUGACGUCAUGUUCGGCAUGGACAUCGUGGGCCGAAGGGCCUGUUCCUGUGCUAUACUUGUUCUAUGUUCUAUGUAGUCAGAUAUUGAUUAAUCUUCCUAGAAUAAAGGAAACAAAUAGAAAUACAUCCAUGUGGAAAACGAAUGACUUAUUCUUUCUUGUACCCAACUUGUAAGUGUACUACACUGUUGCCAUGUAAUACAGACACGUUCACCAUCAAUAUUUCUUUCUUGUGAAUAAAACUUCUUUGCACAGCA